GGUUGCAUCCCUCAUCUGUGUUGAAAUGGACUAAAUCGACCUGUUAUCAUAUUGGAAUUUGAACGUAUUCAAGAUCGACGGCUAAUCGAUAUACGAAACUGCCGCAUCUCUCUGUAAGCGUGCAAACAGAGCAAAGCAUUCAAGGCAUACAACGCUCAUAAAAAGAUAAUGGAUCUCCCAGGAGAUCUGUCCAGACUCCACGUGAAGUCUCCGAAGUCCCCGCGUCAACACCGGAAACACGUGACUCCGCCUAGUACCACGCGGAUGUUGGCGGCGCUGGAGGGGAAAGUGGACAACCAAGACGAAGUGUUCCAAACCCCGCCCCGAGAGUUACAGAACCCAAGAGUGCAAGAAUCCGACAGCAACUUUUUCGAAAGUUUUACAGCAUUAUCAUGGAGACAGGAGAAUAAAAGACUUCGAGCUGCCUCAGAUGAGGACCGUGAAAGGCAUCCUCCCUCCGAGGGUCAAUUUGCCAUUAAGCCAGAGGUACAGCGACUGUCAAAGAAGGAGUUUGAGUUGCUGUACAUUGAAGUGUUGUACACCAUCAAGCACAAGAUUGGGACCACCGCCGGGGGGCACCUGCCCUACAUACAGGACCUGUACCAGUACGCCCAGGAGGCCUUCAGGAUCUCCCCCGAGGACCACGCCAGGCUGCUGGCCAAGGCCACAGAGGAAAAGCCGCCCAUUAUCAUACUUAACGUGACAGUAAUUAAAGCCCGGGAUUUGGAAGCUAAGGAUGCUGACGGCUUCAGUGACCCCUACUGCAUGCUGGGAAUCAUGCCUGGUCGACUGCUGGACCAGGACUUAUCUAGUGCCGUCCUCUCCGACGAGGAGGACCAUCACAGGAAGGAGGAGAAGAAGCGGGGAGGAAGUCUGCGGAAGUUCUCGCUCACCAAGAAAAAGAAGGACAAGACAGUGAAAGAGCUGAUCCCGGCCAAGCUGAUCAAAACGACCGACGUCAAACCCAACACCGUCAACCCAGUGUGGGAGGAGAAGUUCAGAUUUGACUUGGAUGAUGUGAACUCUGAUAGACUACAUCUUGAUAUCUGGGACCAUGAUGAGGAAUUCUCUGUGAUCGACGCAGCCAAAAAGCUGAAUGAGGUUCAGAGCAUGAAGGGCCUUGGAAGAUUCUUCAAACAGGUGGCCCAGUCUGCCCGGCCCAGAAUAAAGGGCGGUGAUGUGGAUGACUUCCUGGGCUGCAUUACUGUUCCAAUCAAAGAUCUUCCAUCAACAGGAAUAGAGAAAUAUUACCAGCUACAUGGAAGAUCCAGUAAAUCCAACGUCCAGGGAGAAAUCAAACUGAGGCUGCAGUUUGCGACUCGUGAGGACCGAGGACUCGAUGAGGAUGAUAACUGGACAGAUGUGAGGCAACACGAGGACCUCAUCUGUCUCUUCAUUGAACACGAAGUCAGGCGAAUAAGGGAGUCACCCAGCUCUUGGAAUGGAGUAUUACCGAAAGCUGCCACCACAAUCCUUCACCAGCAUGCUAUCCAGGGAGAUGUAACGGACGUCCAGCAGGCAGUCUGUAGAUGGAUGGCUUACAGUAGAAAACACAUGGAGUAUACGUUCAGCUACGAGCUUCUGAUGAGGUUUCUGGAAAGUCUGGAUCAGAAAUGGACUCCAGAUUCCUUGUCAAGAGAAGAGGAGCAGUGUCUAAAUGAAUCCUUCAUGAACUUAAAAGACUACUGCAUGAGCCUGAUAAAGAGACGGAGGGAGGUGUACCCCUACAGUAACAAGCAAGCCCUGAAGCGACUCGAUCAGAUGGUCAAGGUUUUGGUCAGGAUAUACAGCACAGAUGUCUUCAAAUAUGUCUGUCCAUUUGCCAAGGACUUACACUCAGAAAUCAACACAGUUGCCAAGAGAGGCACACUUGAAUGGUAUGAGAGAGUAAUCCAUCUCUCCAAAAAAUCUUCCAAGCGACACACCAUGGAUCAGGAAGAGGACAUUAUAUACAGCCUUAUAGACCUGACUAAUUGUCUGAACGCGGACCUCUACGGGGCAAUCAACGAAUACCAGAAAAUAUUUGAUAAUGUUUCAAAUGUGAAUUACUUUAGUAUCACCUACAAGCACUUAGAGAAAUUGCAUUCGAGUCAUGUGAUAAAGAGUCUCGAGGAGGAGCUUGGUGAAGAGUUCACUGAAUGUAUGAAGAAAACAAACUCCAGCAAAGGAAACAAAGUGAUGGAGGGAGUUCUAGGAACCACUUACUUUGAACUCUAUCUUGCUCUUCAAGAGUUCUGUAAAUAUGGACAGCAGUUACCAGAAAGUCCUGAGCCAUUACAAAUAGAGCAGUACUAUAAAUGGUUCCGAUUUGCUGUGACCCAAUGGAUAUCUGUGGCGCAGGUACGCGCUAUUCAUCGAAUCCACAAAGCCAUAGAGCUGGAUAAGCUCUUGUCUUCCAAGGCAGCUGAUGUUGGGAGCUCAGGUGCCAAGUUUAGCACUUCUGCUGUGGAUGUCUGCUGCUGUUUCUCUCAGAUUUCAGAAUUCUGGAGACAGCUGGACUGGCCCGACUUGGUAGAUGCAUUCUCAAUGGUUCUGAAGCUAACCAAGGACAUGUCUGACUGUGCCAAGAUAUACGCUGAUGAGAUUCAUCAGAAACUGAUUGACAAAGGUUACUAUGAUGAUGAGGGCCAGUUUGACGUCACAGAACAGCUGUGUAUUACUAUCAACAACAUAGAGCAGGUCAGGAGGGCCCUAAAACAGCUCCCAGAAACACUAAACUUUGUCAACAUUCAGCACGCAGUAGAACAGUGGGAGGGCGCCGAACUAGGGGUCAAGUCGAACCUCCACGCAACUGUGAAAGAGGCAGACCAGAUGAUGUCAUCGAAGAUAAAGAAGGUGGUGGAUCAUGUGGCAGAUAAGAUGCGUCCAGAUAUCAAGAGUGAUGUUUUCCACUUAAACUGGGCACCAGAGUCUGUUCCAGCUGAAGAGGCUGUGGAGGAUUUGCUGAAAUAUCUGGACAGUAACCUUUUGACCCUGAAUCAGCACCUCCUGAAGUCCAACUUUGACAGGAUACUUCACUCCAUCUGGGUAGAGGUCCUGGAGGAAUUCAAGGAGGUCCUAGUAACUGAAGAAUCGAGGAAACCUGUUAUAUACAAGAGAAUGUAUGAUGCUUUGGAGUUGCUGGUUGAUUUCUUCCAUGCAAACGAGAAAGGGUUGGAUAUGAAGAGAAUUACUACAGAACAGUAUAUAGAAUUGAAAAAACUGUUGGCACUGUACAAAAAGGACACUUUGAAGCUGAUAACUAUUUUCUAUGAAGAGAAACUCAAACAACAGGCCGAGUUUAAAUCCAAGGAGUAUGGUGUACUGAAUGUCAGGAUGUGCUACAGAAAUGAGACACAAACAAUGUUUGUUGAAAUUUUGAAUGCAAAGGAUGUCAUUCCACUUGAUGCAAAUGGUUUUAGCGAUCCAUAUGUUUUGAUACAGUUUUGUCCAGAGCACAUAUUUCAUGAUGUCCCUGUACAGAAAACCAGCAUCAAGAAGAAAACACUCAAUCCUGUUUUUGACGAGUCCUUUGAGUUCAAUGUAUCAAUAGACCAGUGCAGACAGAGGGGAGCUGUAUUAGUCUUCACUGUAAUGGACCACGACUAUGUGUUUGAGAAUGACUUCGCCGGGGAGGCCUAUGUGGACCUGUGUAACAUACCGGGGGUGGAUGGUCAGGAUAUCUCAGGAUUCGAUGCCCUCGCCAUCACAGCCUUACCCCUGAUGCAACCACAGCAUAAAGAGAAUGGAGCUCUUGACAUUCUGGCGUCACGUGAGUGGGAUAAAGACGCCCAGGAGUUUGUGAAGAAGAGGUCCAAAGUAGAGGAGAAGGCUGCUUGAAGGAAGUGUGGGAGAACCAGAAGGGCAGCUAGCUACCUUGUUUCUAAUUUUGGAGGAGAAUAUAAAAACUGAAAAUGUUGAUUGAACUAAAAUUGAAGAGCAAUGAAAAGAUGAUGGUGAAUAUUGUGUUAAUAAAAGGGUAUGUCAAAGAGGGAAUAAGAAAAGUGCCUGAAUACCUACAGUUGCAUACAUAGUGAACCCUGGGCAGAGAAGAUUUUAACUCAUCAAAUCAGAACUUUGGCUGCAUCUUAAGGAGAAAUGUUGUUUCUUUUAUUAUUAUUUUUUUAUUAUUUGUAUUGAAUUUAUAGUGAUAUUGGUAUUUGUUAAUGUGUUUUUAUUCUUGUUAAACUUUAUCAAUGUAUCAGUUCAUGUGUACUGACAUCUCAACAUUUCACUUGCUCAUUUAAAGUGAGCUUUUUUAUUCAUUUUCCCGAUAAUCAAUGAUGUGAUGUAAUAUACAAUAUACCAGUUUUCAAAUUGAAUUUUGUGGGUAUUUUUUAACAAUUUUCUGCUGGAUAAGGAAGUAUGGGACUUAAUGUGUAUUUGGCUACUAUAGAUGUGCGAGAGAGAGAGAGAGAGAGAGAGAGAAAGAUAUGAUGUGUCAGAUCUUCAGUUGAUUGUUGUGAUAACUACAUGUAGGUAGCUCAUGGCUUACAACUGCUAUUUUUUAACCUUGCAAGCUGCAGUUACGGGCAUGCAAAUCAGACUUUCAGUAAAUUUAAUGUUCUUGUGAUAAAAUCUGCCCAAAUGUAUCAUGGUAAAUGUAUAAAUUGAUCAACUUUGCAUUGCCAGCAUAUGCAAUUCAAAUUUAAGCAUGAAGGAUAUAUAAAUGCAUUUUGCUGAAAUUUUAACCUUGGUAAAAAAGCACAAAAUGGAUUUUAGAAAUUAAAUGUACAGAUAUGUAUAUUUGAAAAUGAAUAAUUGAUGAAUAUUUUUGUUAUUUUUCAGAGGUUUUUGAAAUAAAGGUUCGAUGUUUUGUUUUUUAAACAGGUAUAUUCUACAUUAUGUACCUGGAAUUUUGUGUUAUUUGUUGUCGUGUCGUUUUAUCCCAACAUUGUAAAUGUUCCUGUGUCCAACAUGUAAUGAGUUUAUUAUAUGUACACCGAUAAGUGCAAUACAUUUUUAAUUAUUUUAUUUUUUCUUGAGAACUGAUAAAAUGUUCAGAUAUUAAAAGUAAA